AUGUUUAGAGUAUUUGGUUCAUUUGGAUCAAAGAAUGCUCAAUCUUCUAGUGAGGAACUAUCGACAAAGACAAAGCAUGUUCUAAAACAGGCUAAUGAUUUUGAAACUGCCUUGAAGGCAAUGGAUUUUGUCCUGGAUGAUAGAACAGAUGAAGGAUUGAAUCUAUUGAAGAAAGCAGAAAUGGAAACGGGCUCAGAUCAAACUAUCUUGACUUUGGCAAGAGGUGUUAUCGAAUUUCUUCAAGCCACCUUGAGUUUUGAAACCGAGGAGAUGAAAAAAGCUGCAAUUACUCUAGGUAAAGCUGAACAACUGUCCUGGAAGAGUAAGCAAAAUGCAGAAAAGACCAACUUCAAGAGCAGUUCAAUAUACCCUCCAGGUACUGUCUAUGCUGUGACAUAUACAGAGUCAUGUCUUCUGCAUGCUUUGUUGAUGUUGUUUAGUGAAAGCAUGAUGGAAGCAGCCAAGGCCUUGUUAAAGUUGAGAAGAGCUUAUACAAUGCUGCAAGAUAUCAUGGUCGCCGUCAAGAGAGCUGAACGAUCAAAAAACUCCAGCUCACCCUCUCCAAGUGAACAAAGCCAAGAAUCAUGCGGAAGUUUUGUUUCAGCAGAGACAACCUUCGUAUCGGUAGAUAUACCAUACAAAUUGUCCUCGGAGGACAAGUCGAACCCUCAGCUAUUGGAGUUUGCUGAAAGAAUUUACACCAUGAGAAUGGGAAGGCUAUCAGGUGCUCAUAUUGGCAAUACUCCGUCCAUUGAUAGGUUGAGGGAUGAUCUGGGAUUACAGACAACUUCAUCUCAAGCUUCUGACCGUUCUCCCGCUUUAGAUGAUUUCGACUUGGAACAGGCUACUAUUGAUGAAUUUAUCCAUUCAGGUGCUAAUUUAUGUUACGGUAUCUUACAAGUCGUGUUAUCCUUGCUACCACCCGCAAUUGGUGCUGUAUUAUCCAUCGUUGGAUUCAAGGGCUCUCGUGAAGAAGGUUUGAGGCUAGUUUGGAAAGCCACGAAGGAGAGAAAUGUUCAUGGUUGUAUAGGGUUGUUAGGUCUGAUGUUUUACUAUGAUGGUCCGUUCCAGUUUACAGACGCCGACUUUGAUAUUCCAGCAAAUGAUAAUAUAUCAAGGGCUUUAAAUAAAAGCAGAACUAAUGAUAGUAGCAUGUUACCAGGUUUUAUGGAUAGUGCAACCUUAUUGCAUCCAGGAAAAAUUUUGGAGGAUGCAUUAUUGAAAGCGAGAGCACUUUUUCCUAAUAGUGCAUUAUGGUUACUAAACGAGGCGAAGAUGCUUUCCGGGAAGGGUCGGCUUCGUGACUCUCUCGCCCUAAUGGAUUCCAUUGAUGUCAAUAGCAUCCGUAUGAGGCAAGUCAAAUCCCUAAUGGUAUUUGAACGUGCCAUCCUUUUGGUUAACUUACACGAAUAUAAUAGAGCUGCUGAAGACUUAAUAAGCUUGCUUGAUAUUAGUGAUUGGUCUCAUGCGUUGUAUACAUAUUUUGCAGGUUGUUGCUAUCUAGAAAACUGGAGAAUGACCCAAUUAGGUUUAUUGAAUGAUGGUAAAGAACAGUUUUACAAAGAAAGGGCCAGAGAACUCAUAUUUGACGCUCCAUCUCUGUUAGGUAAGAAGACUUUUAAAUCCAAAAAUCUUCCACUGGAUAGAUUUAUGCUAAGAAAAGUUCAACAAUUUAAUAACAUGCAGAAAAAACUAAACCUAAAAGAACCGCUAGACUCAAUAGCCACAUCUCCAGUUCAUGAGCUCUCUUAUUUUUACAACGGUUAUAAUAGAAUGACUGAAGACGAUUUAAUUUUAACCAAGAAAAUGUUGAUGGAGUAUCACAAUCCCGCUAUUGAUUCCGAAGAUCCGGAUCAAGAACUAAUCAGGAACUUACUAUUAUCUUUGACUUUAAGAAGAUUGGGUGAUGCUGAAAAAGGCUUGUCUUUAUUAGACGAUAUUGUCUUGCCGAAAAUAUUCUACAUUCAAAACGGCAAAGUUAAAUAUUUCAAGAAAACUGAAGACCCAUGGGCAUAUCCAGCCGCUCUUUAUGAGAGGGCUUUAUUCUGUUGGAAACUAGGUGGUAUGGAAAGUUUGAAAGAAAGUAGAGAAUGGUUGCUAAGAGCUCAAAAUUAUGCCGCAGAUUAUGAAUUAAGUACACGUAUUGGAAUGAAGAUCAAAGCCGCCCUUGAUAGAGUUGAAAACGCACUUGUUUGA